AUACUCUCGAGUCGCAUCCAAGCUCACAGAGUGGGACUCCUUUGGUCUGUAUCAUCAUUCCUCACAAGUGUCGUCGCCAAAAUUCUCUUGUCACGUCCGUCGCGGCCCUUUACACGCAUCUUUACACUCUCCGUCAGUCAUUCAAUGGCAAGUGGUGAUUGCUAGCGUCGAACAGACACCAAUCCAUUCAUCAUUGGGCUUCCUGUUGGCUCAAAGAACAAUGCCGCAGACACCCACCCAAAACCUGGACGAAGCUCCAGAAGGCCGACAUGGAUCCCAUACAAACAACGUCGUUCCUAAUAAAGAAAAACAUCGUCCUCUAUCCAGAGAUUCCAGCGCGAGUCUCCAAUCUGUUGGUGUAGGAGCCGCCUUUCAGCCUGGCUCGCAACAGCAACCGCCAUCUACACAACAACAUCCUCACCAACACCUGGCGCACGACAAUUCCGCCAUGCCUCUUGACCCUAACGCCUUCUAUGUCCAACACGGCCAAAACCAGGUCAACACUGGCUUAUAUGGGCCUCACACGGAGGAAAUGUUGAUGCACUAUCAACAUCCACACCCACAUCCACAUUCCCAUCAUAACAUGGCUGCGCAUAUGCAGCACCAACAAGCAAUGGGGACAAACUCCAGUGUGCCACCACAACACGACAUGCGUCCUAUGUCGCAGCAAGGCUUCCAAGAGAUGCAACAUUUCCCCAUGCAAUAUCCUCAUGGUAUGCCCCAGUAUGCGGUGCCUCCUCCACAUAUGCAACACAUGCGUCACCACUCGGAACAGUUUGAAGGCUCACCCGCUCCGGAAGACUCCAACACAGAAAAUGGAGGCGCUAAGCGGAGAAAAGGCACCGCCUCCAGUAUGGCCAAUGACCAAGAGCUGAGGCGCUUACUACAACAGUAUCAAGGCAAGACACUGAAAGAAGUGGCCACUGAGGUGCAAAAGAAUGAAGGGUCUGGUGGCAAGUCUGAAAAGGCGAAACAAGUCUUCGCAAUGUUAUGGUUUGUUUUGAUCAUCCCUCUCAACGAAAUCAUCUAAUUAACAUUACUCAGGCUCCAAGAAAACUGCGAAAGAUCAUCUAACUCGGUGCGUCGUGAUCGUGUUUUCACUCGAUACACCGAGAGGUGUGGCAAUGAACGAGUUCCUACACUGAACCCGGCGUCAUUCGGGAAAUUGGUGCGAAUAAUCUUCCCCAACGUACAAACCCGGCGGUUGGGAGUGAGAGGAGAGUCUAAAUAUCAUUACGUCGACUUGUCCCUGGUUCAAGACGAUGAUGACCGCCAGUACAUUCCCACGUAUGAGCGACCCGGGACAGCGAAUGGCAGCCAACAUGGACGACACGAUUCAUUGGAACCGAGUAAGCUCUUCAAAGCUCACGUGUCUCCCCCUAUAGAGCGGCCAGUCUCGCGAGCAACGGUAGAGACUGCCGAUUUCCCUGCACCUAGUGCCUCAUUCCUGGAAAAGGAGGCCGAUCCUGAGCCCGCAGAACGAGUCUCUCAGGUGCCUGCAGCACAGAAACUCGAUUGCAAGUACAUCAACACGCCGACCAUUCGAUUUUCCGUCAAGACGAUCCCUGCCAAUGUCGUAGCAGCAUUGCCUUCAGCUCGCCCCGGUCUUCCCGCUUCGCUCGCAACUUACCUAGCGAUGCCAAACCUCAAGUCUCUGUCAAUGCUGCCCCCUGAUCCUGACAACUUGAUCGAGCUCCCAGACAUCUUCCCCUACCUGGAGGGCACCAAUUACGACGUUAGUAUCGCCAAAGCUCUUUUCCACCUGUACCGGUCGUACUGUAUCGAUAUCAUCGACGCGUUCCGGAAAUGCAAAGAGAAGCCCUUCUUUAACCACCAUUCUGCCUUUAAUGGCAAAAUGACAGUGCCUGUUUCGAAACUCUUCUCCAUGGAGUGCCUGGCACCGUGGAUUCAAGAAUGUGAUAUGCGGACAUGUCAGCAGAUGAUUCGGUUUAUUGCCCCGUUGGCCCUACAGAAUGUGCCGGAUGUGGUUUGGCAUGUUUUUGAUCGAAUUGGAUCAAAAUUGGUCUCUCAUCUGAUCGGGGCGUUUGAGGAAAAAUGCCCAGUUCAUGUAGUCGUGGCAAAGACAGUCCCCGCGGCUCGGUUUGUCCACGUUCUGAAGAAGCUCAAGCCGGCCAACACCGCCGCUCUCCAGCUCAGCCAGAUGCUAGAGGAACCGCAAUUGCGGACACAAAUGUGGCUUGACCUCAUGGCCAUGGUGGAUCCGGACCAGUUGGUAGAGGAAAGCAUGCCACCUCCCGAGAGCCUGAUCAGACUACAAGCGAUUCUGAAAGAGGACAUGCGUCUGCUCGUCUCCCCCAUGGACGGAGAGCUCGUGCGCGCGGCCGAAGGAGACUCCUCCAGCAGUUACGCUAACCUCUUGAACGACGGAGUAGACUAUGGCGAUGGGCUUGUCCCUGAGGAAGAUGAGGACGGCCCGAUUCCACUUCUGGAGAAAUGGAUUUCGUGGCUGGAGCUUUUCCCACAGCUGUUUGAGGGACAUCACGCACAGUGUAUGGUUGAUUGCCAUGGACGCCUUUGGCGAAGUGUGAUGAUGCAAUUUGGUCAAUCUGGAGCACGCAGCUAUCAAUCGUGGUGGUUUGUGGAAUGCUUUGCGACCCAGAUGCUGGAGUGGAUGACGGAGAUGGAGGGCCUAUUAAUGGAUACAGAGGUUCACAAGGCGAUGGACGAGAAGGAGCGCGAAAAGUACGCCGAAGCGUCUACGAGUUGCCCGCCCCGUGGCACGAAACGAAAACGUCGCACCAAUGGGGAUGAGGUCGAUGACAGCGGGGAUGUUGAACUCCUCCCUUCCAAGAAACUGGAGCUGGCGCCCAAAAGCUCACCUCGCCUUCCAGCGCAAUCGCACACUCAAGCGGCGCACGACUUGGACGGAGAUGAGACUGAUGCUGACCUAGACGAGCUGAAUCGCGGAGGACCUCUGGACUUGCCCAGUUUUCACACGGGCUUGAGCAGCCCAAUCAAGCGACAGAGUCGGGGGAACGUGCAAGACGAUAGUGGCAUUGACCUCGGUCUCGACAUCGAUGUCGAGGCCGAAAAGGAGGCCAAGAAGUUCAACAAGCGAGACUGGCUUCUCAGCAGUGACCCGGUUGAUGCCCCGGUCGGGUUGGGUGUUGUGGUGUAAGACGUGCUCACCUGGAACCGAUGUCUGUUCGAUGCGACAUUAAUAUGUUUUGGUUACGAGGGAGUUCUACAGGAGUGGGGGGGACGAGAGACGACCGCAAACGACCUGAAUGAAGGGACGAGGACACCCAAGGUCGGAGGCCAUUGGAACGUGGUGGGCGGUUUGUCCGGAAAUUUUGUCGCCAUAUUCCUCAAUAUACGAAGAGAAACCCCAGAUGUCUGCAGCGACAUGUCAGGCGUAUGGCAUGGGAUUUGACAUAUUGGGUGGUUCUGUAAUUUUCAAAGCCCGUUCGUUUCGAUACCCAGGAUAUGAGGAUGGGCCUUUGCCUGGUGGGAUUCUUUCUAUUGGGUUUGAACUGUCGAUGGACCGGGCAGUGUUUGAGUCGAGCAUGCUUUGCAUUGCAUAUUGUCAGUUUCCCUGUCGGCGAUCAAAAGAGUCCGAGUUUUAUAGGAUUGUCAGGCAGCAACAGGAUCAGUUCCUUUCUAAUAAUAUCGAGAAAAA